AUGGUCAACUUGGAUGGCUACGAGGAAGAUACCAUGCGCCGGUCCCACGACGCCGAUCCCGCCGACCCUCUCCUCGACCGCUCCGCCGACCGCCGCACUUCCCGCAGUCCUCCGUCCAGCACCCUCCACCCGCGCAUACCGGCGGCACACACUCUCGCUACACAUUCCGACGCUCCUCCUCACCUCCGCCGCACCCCAUCCCCGACACCAUCAACAUCAACAACACCGCAACCAACUCCGAUAAUGCGCGCCACCAGCGCAGCGCCGCUCCCCUCCUCCUCCUCCCAGACCCUCACAACAAGCAACCCCCCACCAUUGUCCGCCUCUCGAGCCCGUAGUGAAGCCCGCCGCAAGUACAUCUACGCCUCCUUUUUUUUGGUCGUCAGCCUAGUGUCCUUCACCGUGCAAACCGAGCUGGCCAGCUACAUCCAGCACGAUCUCGGCUGGGACAAGGCGUACUGCAUGCUCUAUGUCACACACGGGUCAUGGGUACUCCUCUGGCCUGUUCAGCUUGCUAUUCUCCGGUUUUCGUCGCCCCGCAGAAGGGGGCAGAGUUGGGGUCGGUUCUGGGAGGGACAUAUUAGGACGCUGAGGGGGAUCGCGUUGCUUGUUGAGACAAGGGGUGGUGGUGCGAAUGGGGUUGUUGGUGGUAGUAGGGGUGCUGGGGGCGGAAAGGUGAAUGGGCAUGGCGGUGGGCUAUUGGAGUAUGGACACUCGCCGUGGCCGUAUCUGGUGCGGACGACGGUGGUCGUGACGACGGCGCUGACGGUCGCUGGGUUGAGUUGGUAUCUUGCUGUCAGCAUGACCACGCCGAGCGACCUGACGGCGAUAUACAACUGCAGCGCGUUCUUUGCGUAUGCCUUCUCGGUGCCGUUGUUGAAGGAGAGGUUGCGCCUGGAUAAGAUGCUGGCUGUGGCGGUGGCCAUCGUGGGCGUGUUGAUUGUUGCGUAUGGGGAUGGUGCCGAGCAAGGGGAGCCGUCGGCGAACGAGGGUGGUGUUGCCGAUGCGCCCGACCCGGCGACCAGGUUCGCGGGGAAUCUGAUCAUUGGCGUUGGGUCGGUGCUGUAUGGCCUGUACGAGGUGCUGUACAAGCGGUUCGCGUGCCCGCCGGACGGGACGGAUGCUAACAAGGGCGUCAUCUUCGCCAACACCUUUGGCAGCUUGAUGGGCGCCUUUACGCUGUUUGUUCUGUGGAUCCCGCUGCCGAUACUGCACCUUUUGGGAUGGGAGACAUUUGAGCUGCCGACGGGGCAGACGGCGUGGCUGCUAUUCAUCAGCGUGAUCAUGAAUAUGCUGUUCUCGGGCUCGUUCCUCGUGCUCAUCUCGCUCACGAGCCCGGUGCUCAGCUCGGUGGCGGCGCUGCUCACCAUCUUCAUCGUCGCCAUCGCGGACUGGCUUUGGACGGGCACGCCACUGAGCGCGGCCGCCAUUCUCGGCGGACUACUGAUCAUUGCGGCGUUCGGCAUGCUCAGCUGGAGCACGUGGCGCGAGAUGAACGAGGAGGAGCGCAGGAAGCAGGUCGACGUGAGCGACGACGAGGACUAG